UUACCAGGCAGACAGCCUUUCCAACAUGGCAGCGUCAAGCAACGCAGAGCAAACGCAGUUGCAAGAUAUGGAGGAGGAAGAUGCAGGGAUGGAGGAGAGGGAGAUGGAAUCGGACGAAGAGGAGGGCAUGGGAGUAGAAAAUUCAGACGAUGAGGAGGACGAUUCGUCUGAAGAUGAGAGGGAAAAUGAAGCCGAAAUCCAGCGUUUGGAGGAGCAGCUGUCAAUCAACGCGUUCGACUACAACUGCCACGUGGAUCUCAUCAAACUACUGAAACAGGAGGGAGAACUUUUCCGACUGCGAAAGGCAAGGCAGAAGAUGAGUGAACUUUUCCCUCUCACAGAAGAGAUCUGGCUGGAUUGGCUCAAGGAUGAGAUCCGUCUGACUGAGGAGGAGCCAAACCGGGAGAAAGUAUAUGAACUUUUUGAGAGAGCUGUAAAAGACUAUAUCUGUCCAGAUAUCUGGCUUGAAUAUGCUCAGUAUUCAAUUGGUGGCAUGGGCUCUCCAGGUGGGAUAGACAAAGUGAGAUCCAUCUUUGAAAGAGCCAUGACAGCUGUGGGACUUCACAUGACCAAGGGACAGACGGUGUGGGAGGCGUACAGAGAGUUUGAAAACGCCAUUCUGUCCACAGUACAGCCUCCACCUGGCAGAAUUCCCAGUCGUGAGGAGCAGGAGCUGCUGAACACUCAGCUUGAGCGAAUCCAUACACUGUUUCGCCGCCAGCUGGCCGUCCCCUUAAUGGACAUGGAAGCCACCUAUGCAGAGUAUGAGGAGUGGGCCGAACAUGGGGUGCCUGAGACGGUCAUACAUCUGUACAAAAAGGCUUUGAAGCAAAUGGAAAAGUGCAAACCUUUUGAAGAGUCUAUGCUGGUAGCAGAACCUCCUAAGCUGUCAGAGUAUCAGACCUACAUUGACUUUGAACUGAAGGAGGGUGACCCAGCACGGAUCCAGAUAACCUUUGAGCGGGCCCUGGCAGAGAACUGCCUGGUACCAGACAUGUGGGCAAAAUACACCACCUAUCUUGAUCGUCAGCUCAAGAUCAAAGACUUGGUUCUUUCUACUCAUGAACGUGCCGUCAGGAACUGCCCCUGGACCAUGGGUCUGUGGAAGAGCUACCUGCUGGCGCUGGAGAGGCAUGGAGCCGAUCAUCAGGUUGUCUCAGAUGUUUUUGAGAAGGCACUAAAUGCAGGUUUCAUUCAAGCUACGGAUUAUGUGGAAAUUUGGCAGGCAUACCUCGACUACCUGAGGAGACGUGUGGAUUUCAGUAAAGAAUCAAGUAAAGAGUUAGAGGAGUUACGAGGAACCUUCUCUCGAUCUCUAGACUACAUGAAACAAGAUGUAGAAGAAAGAUUUGGUGAAAGUGGAGAUCCAUCUUGUAUCAUAAUGCAGAUCUGGGCAAGAAUAGAGGCCCUCCACUGCAAGAACAUGCAAAAAGCCAGAGAACUGUGGGACAGUAUCAUGACAAAAGGGAAUGCCAAAUUUGCCAACAUGUGGCUGGAGUACUAUAACCUUGAAAGGUCUUAUGGAGACCCCGUUCACUGUCGAAAAGCUCUUCACAGAGCAGUUCAGUGCACCUCAGACUACCCAGAGCAUGUGUGUGAAGUCCUGCUCACCUUCGAGAGAGUGGAGGGUUCUCUGGAGGACUGGGAUGUGGCAGUGCAGAAGACAGAGACCCGGCUGAACAGGAUUAAUGAGCAACGAGCAAAGGUGGCUGAGAAAGAAGCCAACCUGGCUCGCCAAGAGGACGAGAGAAAUGAGCAGCGGCGGAAAGCCAAGUCAGACAAGAAGGCUCAGAAGAAGGUCCAGAAGGGCGCUCGAUUCGGGGAGAAGAGGAAAGCAGAACAGGAUGAUUAUCACGACGAAUGGAAUGAAGACUCAGAACAAGCCCCUAAAAGGCACAGAGGAAACGGGGACCAAACCACAGAGGAGUACAUGGAGACAGAGACGGGACUCUUCGGGAGAAACGCUCCUCCCGGCUAUAAGCCCGCUCCACCUGGUGCUAAAAAAGCCCAGCAGGGAGCGGCGGCUGCUGCCCAGAGGCAGAAUGAUGAAAAGCCAGAGCUUCGAAAUGAUAACAGCAGUGUGUUCAUCAGCAACUUGACGUACACCCUGGAGGAGCCUGAGGAAAAGCUCAGGCCGCUGUUUGAGACCUGUGGUCCCAUCAAACAGAUCCGCCCUGUCUUCAGCAACAAAGGGAGCUUCAAAGGUUACUGCUAUGUACAGUUUGAAUCCCAGGUGUCAGUCCCUGAAGCCCUGAAGCUGGACAGAAUGGAGGUGGAGGGCAGGCCCAUGUUUGUGUCACCUUGUGUGGAUAAAAACAAAAACCCUGACUUUAAGGUGUUCAAAUACAACACAGCAAUGGAGAAACACAAAAUCUUCAUCUCUGGGCUGCCGUUCUCGUGCACUAAAGAGCAACUGGAGGAAAUCUGCAAAAGUCAUGGCACCAUCAAAGAAGUUCGUCUGGUCACGUAUCGCUCAGGAAAACCCAAGGGUCUGGCAUAUGUUGAGUUUGCAGAUGAAAUCCAGGCGUCUCAGGCAGUUCUGAAAAUGGACAGCAUGGAAGUAGAGGGCAACAAAAUCACUGUUGCGAUAAGUAACCCUCCUCGCAGAAACAUGAUGGAUAAACCUGGUUCCAGUAGACCCACGACAGACAUGAUGCCUCGCCAGAUCUAUGGAUCGAGAGGAAGAGGACGCACCCAGCUGUCACUGCUCCCUCGUUCACUGCACCGACAAAGUGGGCCUGUUGGCAAAGUUGAGAAUGGAACAGCAGCUGAGCGGGUGCAGGCAACAGCCAGCGCAUCAGUGAACGCAGCUGCAGAGACGAAACCAUUGUCAAAUUCAGACUUUGCCAGGAUGCUUGUCAAUAAGUGAGAAGACGAGCGAGAGAAUUACGACCGCCUUCACACUGAAAGCCAUCUUGUGUCCUUACAAAUUAGUGGUGGUGAUUUUUCUGUAAUUGGUUACCUGACUUCCCUUUAAUCUGAGUCUUUGUUCUCAUCAUCCGUUCUGCGAGAUUGCCUUAAUCGCCAAGCUCCUGCCCUCCAUCUUAAACCCUUUUCAACCAAGACUUUCUCACCAGUGUGACAGAUUGUUUUUGUCAGGUGUGUUUGAAGGUGGCUGGCAGGCUCUUUUAUAAAAGAAAAAGUGUAUCAUAUUUGUGUGUAAAUAUACUGUGUUUAAAAUUGUAAGCCUUAUGUUGCAAGGUGUCUUCUUUUGUUGUGUAAUGUGAAGGGGACCUGACAGAGGCUUAUGGGAGAGUAUUUUUCUAAAUAUUCAAAACAGCCAAACUUGUGAAUGUUGUUAUACAAAAAAAAAAGGGUAUAUGCAAAAGUUUGACAGUUGAGACGUGUAACAUAGUUGGUGUGUGUACAUAAGUUGGAUGUGCUACAGUGAUGAAAAGACAUAUUCUCAAGAUGUUUUUAGGGAACCUGUGAACUUUGUUGUGUAACUUAUUUUCACCUCUGAGGACACAGCUAACAAGGCUAGCAAAGAUUUUUUCUGACUGUAUACUAUUGCUAAAUCAUUAUUUUUGCAUAAUACCAUCUGAGUUACCAUCUGCUAGUAAUCAUCAGUAUUGUGAUGCUAUGAGUCCCCUGAGAGGGUCCGGCAAAUUAGUAUUAGUUAACUGGCUUUAUCUUGGCCUGAGGACAUGUCAUGUCACACUGCUAACAAGUGAUAUUGAGUAUUUACAGAGUAUACUGUCUUAUGAUUUAUCUGUUUUCAUACUUAACUAUUAUCACUGAUAAUGUGGCCUGUCUGUUCAGGGUAAAAACAUCCAUCAUCCAGUCGCUGAAGUUACACAUCAGUCUGAUUUAUGUGUUGGGAAUGAAAUAGAGAUUCAGAGGGAAAUUAACUACAUUCCCUUCAUCUUUUAAUAUUAGUGCACAUGUAAGCAGGGUGUUAAUGAUGCUGAAGGAAUGUGUCUCAUCUGCUGCUUUGGGGGCUGGUCACAUCCCGACUAAAGAGUAUGUUCUUUUGUUUGGUUUAUAGAAAGUGUUUCCAGUGGUUUUGAUAUUCAACUUCACACAAAAGCUAAUCAUCCCAGCACACUGGAGCUGCAAAGAUUAGUCGAUUGACAAAAAAUUAAUUAGAAACUGUUUUGAUAAUUAAUCCUUUAAGUCCAUAUUUAAGGGAAACUUCAAAGAUGAUGUUCCAGUGUCUCAAAUGUGACAUUUGUUUGGUUUUCCUUUUCUUACAUUAUGGUAAAUUUAAUGUAUUCAGGACAAUUGAUAUGACAAACAAGACAUUUGUUGACCCGACGCUCGAGGAGCUUUUCAGUGUUUUUCAGUUUUCAAAGUUUCGUAGAUCAAACAAUUAACUGAGAAAAUAUUAGCAGAUUCAUCUAUAAUAAUCAUUAUUUGCUGCCCUGAAGCAGUUCUUUGAUGUAAGAACACAUUCAUUAGUUUUGGGUGUUGAAAAGAGAUUAUAACCAUAAAUGUUAGAGAGUACAUGUGGACAGUAGUCGUACAGUUUUAUAGAUGUGGUGCGUUCAGUAGAGCUAGUUUCACCCUCUGAGCUGCAGUUAUCUGACAGCUAAGAGGCUACUGCUGUUGUCAUCUACACAUUUUAUUUAGGUCUGCAGCUCCUUUCGACACAAGAGAAGAGAAUCUAUGCAGUUUGUCCAUUUCUGUUUUUCCUGUUAGGAGUCAACCAUUUGUCCACCGGCCCACUCGCCCUGUUUGCAUAGUUAAGACUGUGUGUAAUGUUCAGUAUCUUAAUUUCAAAGAGGUCACCAUAGUUUGUAAUAAAUAGAAAUCUAAGUUUAAAAACAGAUGGAAUACAAGCUAUACAUAUUGCUCUCACCAAAGUGGCCUGAUAUUAAAAAAAAAAAAAAAAAAAAUCUGAAUAUGUUGGUCUUUAGAAGUCACCUUCCACCUUCCUAAAGGUGGUAUGAGUGCAUUGCUGUUGUUUUGUAUAAUUUCUAUAGUCAAUGUUUUGAAUUUGGUAUAGAGGUGAAUAAUAAAUGGCUAUUUUUCUGUUCAGUCACUGUAUUUAUUUUCCUGUUUGUUUCAUUGUCUAGCCUUUUCUACCCUUGUGUUUUGGGUCCUGUAAGAAAAACAAACAAGUUAUGUCAUGUUUUUUUCUGCUCUAAAACUUGUUUUAAUAAAGUUCUGUAAAUCAUCUUUGAUCCCAGUACGACA